AGUUGUCAGUUGGAAGUGUUCAGCUGGUUUCCUGCUGCAGGUUUUUGUUGGACGGUUUUUCACCGUGUUAACUGGGGUACCACUCUGACUGAACCAGCACACACAGCGCAACAAAAACCUCCAGGCUCUCCUGAUCUACCUGCUAAACCCUCAAAGCCCCCCAUGGAGACCCAAACAACCGGAACCAAGCUGUGUUUCAGGUUUCAGAUCUGCACCGUUUGUGGUGGAAGAGGAUUUUCGUCCUGGCUGGGCUCCUCUGAAGAGGCUCUCAGGUUUUUGUAUGAGGCCGUCAGACUGUGAUGCAUUGACGUUCGCAAAGCCGAUCCAACUCACCGUCUCUCCUCAAGGCGGCUCCCCCGUCAGCCCAACCCUCUUCCUCCUCAGUCGCCUGCAGCCUGCCGGUUCCUCCCAGGAAGUCGGGUCCCAGUCGGGUCCAAAUGUCUGUCUGGCAGCAGGUUUCCGUCCCAAUGAGGGCGACAUGGUUCUGGAAACGACGGGGGGUCCGGUCUCGGUGAAAACCAAUCCGGCCCGCCUGUCUGCAACCACCAAGACCUACUAUUACCCCGGCUUCAGCAACGACACCAUCAGCUCCUGCAAGCUGGGCGAAGCGAAGUCCAGCAGCAACAAAACAGAUGAUCAACCUGACAGGAUUUAUCCAGUGAAAGCCCAGCAGAACUUCUUCGUGCUGCUGAUAAGCGGCGUCCGGCUGAUCUUCGCCAAAGCUGUGGCCUUCAACACCAUCCUGACCGUCAGAACCUUGGUCGUGUGACCCCUGGUCAUGUGACCCCUGGUCGUGUGACCCUUGUGAGCCCGCCGUCCGGACCGACUGCAGAACAAAGGAAGCAUCACGGCAGAUUUUAUCUCCUUCAUUUGAUGAAAAAUAAACCAGAAGGAGAAAUGGGACGAAACUGGAGUCUAAAAGUUACAAAAUAAAAUUUUUUUUAUUUUUUUAAAUUGAGCAGCGACUCUGAAAAAACCAAAGCAUAAACUCUCUCCUGAUUUUAUCAACUUAAAUUUAUUAAUUUGUUUGCUUCUUACAAAAUGUCUCAAAACAAAGUUUGCAAAAGAAAAUCACCAAGUGAGAAAUGAGGUUAUGAUGUUUCUGUUUAUGAAAUAUAAUGUUUAUCUUUCUGCUUUAAUUCUUUGACCAGAAACAUUUAACUUCAUGACUUCAUACGUUCACUGGGAUGAAACUGUGACAUGAAGUUUUUACAGGAACAAGUUUCAAAAUGUUGGAUUCAUUCUUUUAACAGUCAUUUGACUGAAUCCUUUAUUUUUCUCCUAGUUUUGCUUCAGUCUCUGAUCUGCUGUUUAAUAAUUUUAGCAGGUUUGUGUCAUGAAACGCGGCAAA